AUAGAGACGAAGGAGACACUUGCCUGGGCGACGGACGUCGAAGCGGCCCUUGCCGCAGAGGUUGCCGGGAAGGGAGCGGCGCGUGCGCUGCUUUGCGGGCGUUCGAGGGCGGCGUGAGGAGAGAGAGAGAAUUUUUUUUUUAAUAAUAACAAUAACAAUAAUAAUAGUAGGAACGGGUUGUCGCGUCAGGCGGACGGAGCGAGAGAGAACGCGAGCGAAGGGGGCCCGCCCGGGGAAGGCAGUUGCGGCCGCUCCAGCGCCAUGGCGGGAGGAGGCAGCGCCGGCGAGUGGUGCCUCAUGGAGAGCGACCCGGGCGUCUUCACGGAGCUCAUCAAGGGCUUCGGUUGUAGAGGCGCGCAAGUAGAGGAAAUAUGGAGUUUGGAGCCAGAGAACUUUGAGAAAUUAAAGCCAGUUCAUGGAUUAAUUUUUCUGUUCAAGUGGCAACCAGGAGAAGAACCAGCUGGCUCUGUUGUUCAGGACUCGAGAUUAGAUACUAUAUUUUUUGCUAAACAGGUAAUAAAUAACGCCUGUGCAACUCAGGCUAUAGUAAGUGUGCUAUUAAACUGCACCCAUCAAGACGUCCAUUUAGGAGAAACGCUGUCAGAAUUUAAAGAAUUUUCACAAAGCUUUGAUGCAGCAAUGAAGGGCCUGGCAUUAAGUAACUCUGAAGUGAUUCGACAAGUCCACAACAGUUUUGCCAGACAACAAAUGUUUGAGUUUGAUGCAAAGUCGACGGCAAAAGAAGAAGAUGCUUUUCACUUUGUCAGCUAUGUUCCUGUGCAUGGAAGAUUAUAUGAACUGGAUGGUCUAAGAGAAGGCCCAAUAGAUUUAGGAGUAUGCAAUCAAGAUGACUGGAUCAGUGCUGUAAGGCCCGUCAUAGAAAAACGAAUACAAAAGUACAGUGAAGGUGAAAUAAGGUUUAACUUGAUGGCAAUUGUAUCUGACAGAAAAAUGAUAUAUGAACAGAAAAUUGCAGAGUUGCAGAGACAACUUGCUGAGGAAGAGCCCAUGGAUACAGACCAGAGCAGUAAUAUACUAAGUUCUAUUCAGUCAGAAGUUGCAAAAUAUCAGAUGUUAAUUGACGAAGAAAACCAAAAAUUGAAAAGAUACAAGGGGGCUGUGCAACCUGAUCCCUCCAGCAAGAUUGAAAACAUUAGAAGAAAACAUAACUACCUGCCAUUCAUUAUGGAAUUGUUAAAGACUUUAGCAGAACACCAGCAGCUAAUCCCACUUGUAGAAAAGGCAAAAGAAAAACAGAAUGCCAAGAAAGCUCAAGAGGCCAAAUGAAGACUGGUGUCCUUUUCUUUCUUUCGUUUUGUGGGUGGUCAGGGUUUUUGUUUGUUUUGUUUUGAGAGGGGAAUGUGCUUCUGAAUUUCUUCGUCUUCAUGAAAGUAACCCUGCAAGACUUCUUGUAAAGUUUAAAAUUGUCCGACGCACGUUUACUGACCGUAACAGUUUGUCCUGUCCCAUUUGCACGGAGUCUAUAAAUCUUCCCCUUUUUCCUUGCAUCAUGUGCAUGUACUACCGCUCAGUAAUGUUUUUAGAGUCUCCGUCAAAUUCCAGUAUUUAACAGUUAUAUCUGACUUGAUUCUUCAUAACUUAAUCAGGAAAUACUGCUGCAAUUUGUACAGACCCAAAUUUGUGAAAGUAAUGUAGAUCUUUUUACCAUAAUGAAUAUAUUUAAAUAUCUUGUCUCACAGUGAAGCAUUGGAUAUAUAGUUAUGUGAAGAAAGCUUGACUUGUUUUUUUAAAAAAAGAAAAUAAGUUGGCCUCUCUUUGUUUAUCACCACUAACUAUCCUCGUCUCUGAAUCUUUCAGUGGCUCGCCCUCUGUUCUUGUUUAUAUGGAGUUGUGUCUAAAUUUUUUACAGAGUUGAAAGUACAGAUUGAACAGUAGAAUCAUUUACAAUGACCAAUGGAUAAGCUUGAGAGUUUAUUGCUUUAGUAGAAAAUAAUAAUAAUAAAUUCCCAUUUUUAUUUUGGCACAUGUUUGUACCUUGUAGUAUUGCUGUCCAUGGGUAAUAUGAUUUCUGCAAGGAAAGCAGUCUUGCCUUCUCUUGAGCCAUUUAUGUGACACCAAAGUUGCAAAAGAUUUGCAGAGAUGUUUUCUCAUAGGAUGAGGUUGUAUCUAGGACGGUUUCAGGGAGAAUUUUUAAACUUGCCCUGCUCUGGUGUACAUCACUACAUGUAUAGAUUUUGUCCUGAUAUUCCCAAUUAAACAAAUGCUCUAUUUUCAUCCUUCAA